UCCGUCCGUUGGCUAGCGGAGCAACGGGCAGCAGCAGUGGAUGGUCCAGAUUCGGCAUCAGCUAGGAGCCUUUAUCCGAGAUUUACUCAUGCAAUUUGUCAUCACGUAGAGUUUGGUCAGCCCGCUGACAUGGAGUGGCAGACGCCAGCUGUUUCAGAGAAGUUCCAAAGCCGUUUUGGCCGCCGACCUGGAACAUCAGACAGCGGGGACACUGGGAUCGGCACUUCAGCGUCUGACAGCACGGAAGAUUUCUGCAGUGUUAGCAGCAGCCCCUCUUUCCAGCCCAUCCGCAGUCAGAUUCCCAUCCCCACUGCACAUGUCAUGCCAUCCACAGCCGGCGCUUCGGCCUCAAAGUCCCGCUCAUUUGGCCAGGAGGACCCUUUGUCCUCAACUGAUGGACACAGGUCAUCGUCUGGUUCAAGAACCCCGAGUGGCUCCACAUCAAAGUCUUCCUCACUCUCCAAAUCGGCCUCUUCACCCAAUUUGGAUGCUCAGCCCAUUUCAGGAGCCGAUCAUGUGGGACCCAGACCAGACUGCCUAAGCCGCUACCGCAGCCUGGUCAACGGACUGGACCACUCACUUUUCCCCACAGAUCACACAAGGCUUGAUGACGGACAGAGGUUUGACACACCUGCUGUGGAGCCUACUCUGAAUCAGUCAGCCCUGCUAGGAGGGUUAUGUCCUGAUGUCAGGCUCCGAUUACAGGCAACUGGGAUUAGAGACCAUCCAGACUGUGUAUCUGAGGCUUACAGGGGAGCUAUGGAUCAGAGCUACAAGGUACUGCCUGAAGCAAGACCCGGCCUCUCUGGAAUCACUGAAAGCUCUAGUCAGAGGGGUAGUCAGCCCGGUGCUGCUGGAUCCGCUGGGAGCUUUUCAACCCCGCUCAGUCUGCAGACUCAGGCUCUGCUGAGGGAGCAUACUAGUCCCAAAAGUUACGAUCCACUGAGGCAGGACAGAUGUAGUGAACUUUCUAGCUGGCAGCAAAAACAGCAGCUGGAGACUUUACGCCUACAAGUGGAACAAAUGCAGUUAAUGAAUGCUGGAGUGAGUCAAUACCCGUCCCUGUAUUCCACCCCGCUGCACUCAGACUCAGGCAAGUGGGAUGCUCUGGUUAAAGCCAGCGAGAGUCUGCUCAAGGAGAAGGAGCUUAUCAUUGAGAGACAAAAGCAACAAAUGGCCCAGCUGGAACAGCGCCUAAGGGAAAGUGAACUUCAAGUUCACGGAGCCCUGCUGGGUCAAAGGGCUUCUUACAGUGAUAUGUUUGUUCUGCGUCUUCAGGAGGCUCAGAGGGAGAACGCGUUCCUCCGAGCUCAGUUUGCUGAACGCACCGACUGCGCUGCCCUGGAGAAAGCAGAGGCAGAGCGAAGGCUCGGUGCAGUCGAAGCAGAGACACGCCGACUGACGGAGAGUUUAAAGGAAGCCUGUGAGAGGCAUGCAGAGGAAAUGAAGAAACAGGAAGAGAGGAUCCGCAGUCGAGACAAACACAUAAACAACCUCAAGAAGAAAUGUCAAAAGGAGACAGAACUAAAGAGGGAGAACCAGCAGCGUAUUGAAACCUUAGAGCGCUACCUAGCUGACCUGCCCACCUUGGAGGAUUACCAGACUCAGAAUAAGCAGCUUGUUGAAGCAGAGCAGCAGACGGCUCAGCUACAAGAAAAAGUGAAAGAACUAGAGGCCACUUUGGAGAAAACCCACUCACAACUUCAAGAGAAAGAUGCUCUGCUGGAGGAGCAGAAACGCAGGGAGAGAGACCUGCUGACAACCAUUACGGAUAUGCAGCAGCGUGUGCAGCAGGGCCUCGAGGACGGAGCCAGACUCCCAUGUCUGGAUAUCGAGAAGCUUAGAGGAGAGAACAACGCUUUAAGAGAGGAGCAGCAGAGACUCAAAAAGGUUAUUGAGAAGCAACACCGAAUGAUGGAACAGCUUGGAUCUCAAAUUCAGGCUUUAGAGGAGCAGAUCUCUCAAGAGGAAAGCAGCUCUCAGGCUCUAAGAGAGGAGGUGCUUGCCAAAGAUCAGAACGUCUUAGAGCUCCACACAGCCAUGAAGGAGCUGUCAGCCCAAAACCAGGAACUGCUGGAGCAGAAUCUGACGCUGCAGGAGCAGAUGAGUGACCCAGAACAGAGGAUCUCUAACCAGGCCUCCUCCGGCCUACAGCCAGCAGGGGCCCAUCUCACACAACGGUUGCAUGUUGAGAUCGCCUCAUGUCUCAGCGACCUGCGCUCCCUUUGCAGCAUCCUGACCCAGCGGGCCCGGGGACAAGACCCCAACCUCUCUCUGCUGCUUGGUCUCACUUCUCCACCAACAGUUUCAGAGCAGGACGAGGACUGGAUGGAACCAGACGUGUUACAGAAGAAGCUGGUGGAAGCCCAACAGCUCCGCCGGGAUGUUGAGGAACUGCGUAAUGUGAUUCUGGAUCGUUACGCGCAGGACAUGGGGGAAAACUGCAUAACACAAUAACAGUGACUUCUCCCUAAUGGAGGGAAGUCAUUUUGUUUCAUCUCUGGCAUCUCAAAGGCUUGUUGCCUGGUUACUGAAUGUUUGAAUAAAGCUUGUGUUUUCCUUUCUCUAAGGACAAACCAAAACGGUUUAAGUUUCUCUCACCCGACUGAACAUGGAGCCCCAAGACUCUGUAGCUCUGAUCCAUCCCCUCUUCACAGUUUGUUCAUUUCAGUCCAAGGGCUAAUGGGGAAUAACUUACCUCUACUACUUGAUCCUGUAAACAUCGUGUCUGCGUGUGUUUGAGUUUGACAUUGUAUUAUCGGUUACCAAAUAGUCUUAUUCUUUGUUCUACUCGAGUAUAUAGCGCUUUUAGAAGUCCCACAAGUCUAAUUUAUUUCAAUCUUCAUUUCCCUGUUUUGGGGGAAUUACUACUUUUUGUUUUUAGUGGUUGACAAUCAACUGGACAUAUUUUUAACUUGUGUUUUUAACUGAAUUAACAAAGAAUUGUUACCAACUCAUCAUUUUUUUCUAACGGUGAACACUGUAAUGAUGGAUUGUGCUGUGAUGUAUACGAUGAAACAACUUCAAGGGUUUCAAACCAAAUCAGCUUCUCACACCAACAGGCCUACAGCAGUUUUCUAACCAAAGAGACUCCCAUGUCGGUGAACUCGCCUGUCUCCGCUCCUUCUGAUGUACACCAGUGUGUGCCUUUGUCCUGUUUGUGACUACAAUGCAAGGGUUGUUUGCAGCUGAUGUCUUCCAGUUGGACCUUCUUCUCAGAGUACCAACCAGUAGGAUAACCGAUACAUUCCCUGACUCUGAAUGUAGAAAACAGUGGGACACUCUGACUCUUUCUUCAUUAUUACUAUAUGACAUAAAAGCUGUUAGUUUGGCCAAGCUUAUAGGAUUUGCUCUGUUUAUGACUGACUUGCAUUUUUACAGAAUAGUUGACUGAUAAAUGACUAAGGAACAGUAUUAAUACUCUGUAUUAAUUAUUAUUUUUGCUUUUGAUAACUGUGUGAAUGAUGUUUGGGUCUGCCUAAUCUGUUCAUGUAAUAUGUUCAUGUUUGAAAGAAAUUGUAAAGGUCCCAUGGAGUGUCGGUGUUCUGGUCACUUGUAAUAGGAUGUAGACAUGGGAGCAGGUUCUCCUACCAGUUCUUUGUAAUCGUUAGAAGGGAUGACCGGAUCAACCCCCAAAUCACAUUACGUAACCGGUAAGCCAUUUAGGAAUAACUCGACACUUUACAGGAGGUGAAAGGGAUUUUUAGAAAUACAAAUAUGCAACAAAAAAAAAA